AUGCUCAGGAGCUUCUGUCUCCAGCUCAUGUCCUUGGUUUGGAUCCUCUUGGCCCAUCACCAGCUUGCCCAAGGUGAUGACUGCAGCGAGCGCUGUAAUCUUGCCCAUGGCUGCUGUGACCAGGACGGGAAGUGCAGGUGUGAUCCAGGCUGGGAGGGCGAGUACUGCGAGGAGUGUGUGCGCAUGCCGGGGUGCCUCCACGGGACGUGCCACCAGCCUUGGCAGUGCAUCUGUCACACUGGCUGGGCUGGCAAGUUCUGUGACAAAGACAUACACAUUUGUGAACACCAGUCCCCGUGCCAGAAUGGGGCUCAGUGCAUCUACGACCGCGACGGGGAAUAUUCCUGCCUGUGUCCAGAAGGCUUCCACGGGAAGGACUGUGAGAUGAAGACAGGGCCAUGUGAGGAGGCAGGGUCUCCGUGCAAGAACGGGGGGCAGUGUCAAGAUGAAAAUGGCUUUGCCAGCAACUUCACCUGCCGGUGCCUCGCCGGCUUUGUGGGGCCUCUCUGUGAGAACGACGUGGACGACUGCCUGAUGCGUCCCUGUGCCAACGGUGCCACCUGCCACGACGGGAUCAACCGCUUCUCUUGCCAGUGCCAGCUGGGCUUCGAAGGGCGCUUCUGCACCAUCAACAUCAACGACUGUGCCAGCCAGCCGUGCAGAAACGGGGGAAAGUGCUAUGACCGCAUCAAUGACUAUGACUGCUUGUGUCCUGACCGUUUCACUGGCAAAACCUGUGAAAUCUACAUCCCUGAGCCCACCUGGGCUCCCCCCUACCACCCUGCAAACCAUGAGAAUGAUGUGGGUGUGAAAAGCACCCCCAGCGAGAUGCUGGGGGUGACGCAGCCGGAGCCUGUCAGGACCGCGGUCACGGGGCGGCGCGUGGCCAACCACAGCGAGAAGGAGCCGGGGGGAGGGUUGUUGAAAAUCUCUGUGAAGGAGGUGGUGACCCAAAGGGACUCGGGGCUGACCGAAGCCCAGCUGGUGACAGUGCUGGUGUUUGGGGUGCUGACGGCAGUGCUGGUCCUCAUCACCGUCCUGCUAAUGCUGAGGAACUGGCAGAGGGGCCGGCAGAGGUCGAACUGGUGCCAAAGUCCUUCUCAAGCUGCAAGGAAGCUCCAAGACCAGGAGUGUCAAGUGGGCAUGCUCAACACGGUCCUGAUUGAGCCCAGGAAGACAACGGAGCUGUGA